CUGUUUCUAGCAAUUUUCUAAUUGAACUUAAACCAUUCAGUUAUAUAUCCAUAAAUUUACUUUAUAUUUUUUUUCCAGACAACAGUUUUAAUUAUUUAUAACUAUUUCGUAUUUUAAUAAAAUGUGAAUUCUAUAUUUUGACAUUUAUCACGUACUUGCGCACAAUCCACAACAUUUCCCUCCAAAAACAACCGCUUGAAUAAAAAUCAAAACAUAACAAAUUACAUCUUCUUUAACUGCUAUCCAUUGCAUCUACUUUUCUCAAAGUGCUGCCAGCUCAUUUUUUUCUUAUUUUGUUGUGACAAUCGUGUCCUUAAAUAAACAUAUGUUUUUGACAAAUUUUUUAUUAUUUCUCUUUACUCAAUUUAGGCACGCUUUGUAUAAAUAAAUGAAUUAAAAAUGUUUGCAGUUCACUUGAAGAAAUGUUUGCAGUAUCCAAAAAUAUCAAAAAAUAUGUUUUGCACAGUCGCAGCACUAGAGCGGAAUGGUAUCGCACUUGUACCGACAGAUUACCGCACAACACAAAGUAAAAUAGAUGCACAUUCUGAUGUACAUAUUGGGAAAUUUUAUACAAUUCCACCAGAAGAUAAAAAGCAAUUAUUUAGUGGAGGCGGUUUUCCUCGAAAAUUCGAGGAACAAGUUAAAACAUUUGCAGAAUCAUGUUUGCUAGUACGUUCACCUGCGUUAGAAAUAAUAAAUUAUAUUAAACGUUCUGACUUAAGUCGCCCAACUGUUCGUUAUGUUGUUUAUGGUGACAACGGCGCUGGAAAGACAUUGACCUUGGCACAUGUCUUACACUAUGGUUUGCAAAAUGAUUUUCUACUUGUACAUGUGCCGUGGGUACCGAAUUGGAUGAAACGUCCUAAAGAAGUUUCUAAUAUACCAGAACGUGAAGGUUAUGUAGACUUACCAUUUGAUGCGGCUGCUUGGUUAAAACACUUUAAAACACAAAAUUCUACGCUACUACCUAAAUUAAAACUUACGACAUCUAAAGAAUAUGUCUGGAGCAAACGUGAAACAACACCAGCUGGUUCAAGUAUAACUGAGUUGGUUGAACAUGGUAUUACACGCAUUAAAUUUGCUUCAGAAACUAUUGCUGCGUUAUUAUCUGAAAUUAAACAACAUGCUACAGCUGGACAAUGUAAAGUGAUGGUUGCAAUUGAUGGAUUCAAUGCAUUUUUUCAUCCAGAAACUCGUAUUUUGGGUGAUAAUAAACAAAUCAUAACACCAGACCGUGUUUCAUUGACACAACCAUUUGUAGAUAUAGCUAAUUAUAAUUGGACAAAUGGUGUUUGUAUUGUAACUGUUGAUAAAAUUGCAAUGACAGAAGGUUAUAUGGAUUCUUAUCUGCCACGAUAUUUGUUGGGUAAAGAUGGUUUUGAAUGCUUAGAUCCGUUUAUACCAAUACAUGUUGGUAAUUACACCGAAAAAGAGUUUGCGAGUUGUAUUAAUUACUAUUUGGAUCGACAUUGGAUACAAAAAGCACCCCAAGGAUUUGACGAACAAUUAAAGUUUUUAAGUAAUAAAAAUCCAUACUAUUUAAUGCAUCUCACAAGAUCUUUAUAAAUUCGCAAUAACUGUUGCCUAAAUAAACAUUGAAAAUAAUAAAUAA